GAGGCAUCCGGGACGCGCUCAUCUGUUUCAUUGGGAAAUGGCACCGGUGUAACCGAACAUAAUGGGGAACCCGGGACUCCGAGACAGCGUGGACCCUGACCGACCGAACGCUCCUCAGAGCUCAACAAUUCGAUUGAUCCCAGGAUAAAGAAAACUGCGUCUGUGUCUGUGCUGUGUUUCCAUUUAUAAACAGACAGCAGCAGGAGCUGUGAUUCGAGCUUCACUGGGAGAGAGCGACGUGAGUAAUCAGGAUCCAACUUGGAAUUUGGAGCGUGAUGGAUGGAUCGUCGAUAAGAAGCAGCUCCGGUCAGUCCAGCCGAAUCAGAGCAGGGUGGGUUCAUCCUGACUAAAAAAAAAAAAACCUCCUCGGUUCUUCUCAUCUGUUGGCUUCUUCUCGGUCCGGGCGACGAUGUCCGCCUAUUGCCUUGACCUGCAGACGUCUGCCGCGGUUUCAGCACCACUCGAGCUGGACAGCGACUGCAUGGAGCCCCGGGACUCUCCCGGCUCCGGGGAUCAGGAACUCGGCGGCGGCUUCCAGCCUCACCCGCUGCGGAACCCCGGCUCUGGAGGCCUUGGUAUGGCCCUGGAAGAGGAGCUGGCCAUGCUGACCCGUGACAGGAGCAACGAGGACGGGGAGGAGAAGCUGCUAUCGCCGGAGCUGGAGACGCCUGUUGUGGGUCACAACGCAGAUUUACUGUCGCUCUCNNAGAGAGACUUGGUUUUAGCUGCUAAACUGGGAAAAGCUUUACUAGAGAGGAACCAAGACUUGACGAAGCAAUAUGAGAAAAUGCACAAAGACCUCAAUGAGAAAUUAGAGCACUUGGAGCAGGAGAAGCACGAGCUGCGACGGCGUCUGGAAAGUCGAGAAGGCGAGUGGGAGGGGCGCGUUGCCGAGCUGGAGACGGACGUCCAGCAGCUUCAGGAAGAGCUGGAGAGACAUCAGGUUCAGCUAAGAGAAGCGGACAGGGACAAGACCAAGGCCAUUAGUGAGCUCUCUGAACAGAACCAUAGAUUGCUGGAGCAACUUAGCAGGGCUGCAGAGGUGGAGAAGCAGCUGUCCACUCAGGUCCAUACACUACGGGAUGAUUUCAGGGAGAAGAGUUUGUCUACAAGUCAACACAUGACACGGCUGGAGACUCUACAGGCUGAGCAAGGGCUAGAAAUUAAGAUGCUUUCAGAGAGGAAAAUGGAGCUCGAACACCGCGUUCACGCCGUGCUGGAGGAGAAUGAGUUGCUUCAGAGCACAGUGGACGACCUCAGAGAGAGGACGCUGGUGUUAGAGAAGCAGUGCAAUGAGAAGGACCUACAGUUGCGACAGAGCCAUCUGGAACUCCGAGAGGUUCAGGUGUCCCAUAGACAACUGACCGUCCGACUGGAGGAGUUGACAGAGGAGCACAGUCUGCACAGCAUUACACCACACCCAUCCAGUCUACUGUGUGAGAUAGAGCUGAGCAUGGAGCAGGAGGAACAGGAGCAAGAACGGGAGCAGCUGCGUCUUCAGUUGUGGGAGGCCUACUGUGAGGUCAGGUCACUCUGCUCUCAUCUCCGGGGAAACGACAUCACGGACUCAGCACUGUCUACCGAUUCUUCGAUGGAUGAGUCCUCAGAGACGUCCUCAGCCAAGGAUGUGCCUACAGGAAGCCUCCACAUCAGCCUUCUGGAGCUGAGGAGACUCACACAGAACCUGCUGGACGGCAAUGAGUCUACGGGUUCACGGCGCAGUGAUGAGGAGGCGUUGGAGGAGCAGGUGAGAAAGUUGGGAGAAGAACUGAGGGAGGUUAGGGAGCUGUAUGAAGCUGCACAGCAGAGAACUUGCUGCAGUGAAGGAGAGGUGCUGCAGCUGCACAAUCAGAUGGCACUUCUCUCCGUGGAGAUGUGUUCUCUACAGGAGGAGAACAAGCAGAUGAGGACAAUGGCUGAAGUUCGAGAACCCAGCGAACAGCUCCAGAGCGCCAUCCGAGACAGGGAUGAAGCCAUAGCCAAAAAAAAAGCAGUGGAGAUGGAACUGGCCAAGUGUAAAAUAGACAUUAUGUCUCUGAAUAACCAGCUUUUGGAUGCCAUCCAGCAGAAGCUUAACCUGUCGCAGCAGCUGGAAGCCUGGCAGGAUGACAUGCACAGAGUGAUUGACCAGCAGCUAAUGGACAAACACCAGGACGAGUGGCAAUCCCGCCCAUCAAGGUCAAUGCGGCCCCAUGGUGGUCACUCCUCCAGACAGGUUCGUCACAGUUCCAACCAGGACAAGAGACUUUUCUCUUUUUUCAAAAAGAACUGAGCGUUGUCGGACUGACACCAGACGGAGAUGACAGAAGGAGACAGAGACAGUUGUGGAGGAUCAGGCGGGAGAAACAACGUAGCACUUGGGGGAUGCCCCAUACAGCCAGCCAAAAACAGGGCAGUGACACAGUAAGGUUGAGGUUUGGCAGGGGGGUGUCAUUUUGCACUUUAUCUGUUCCAUUGCUUUUCUUCUGACUCACUGCUGAGUUGUCGUCUGUACAGACACUGACAAAUUUCCUCAGAGGCUUUGGCUCUACUCCCCUCCCCAUCCCUAUAUAGACAGAUACCAGACUUAGUAGAACAACAACAGGGUCACAAGGUUUACCUCCAUACAGGAGGGUCUUCUUGUAGUGCCUCAAACCAUUUCUUUAACCCACUGCCAACUCCUGCACAGAGGGGAACAUGACAUACACAAACACACACGUCUACUGUAUACAUGCAUACAGACCCUCACACACAAAUACACUGUUUUUGGUGUGCAUCAUGAUUGGGCCAGAGUUUCUGGGGAAAUAUGGGGGUCAUGUGGUUUUUGGCGAUAAGGUUACCUCUCAGGUUUAUUCAUGUGUCAGAAUCUUCAGAACAUAAACUACAGUUUCACAUAUCAGCACCACAGCAGAGGGUAUUUUUGAUACAAAGAAAAUAUAUUUUAGAAACUACGCGUUGUUUUCGUUAUCCAUACAGAGAAUUCUUUGUCAUAAACUUUUGCACAGAUAAACAUACUACUUUUGCACACUACUAGAGCAAAGAUUUUUUCUCUCAAGAAAGAUAUGCAUGACCCAAGACACUAAUGUUGCACAUAAAUUAUGUUUUAUAUUUGUCAUUUAUACAGAGUCUAUAACAAAUGUGUGGGGCUAGAAGAGUUCUAAAGGACAGUGACUAUUGAGUUACAAUAAUACUACAAUAAAAACAAUAUGAACAUUUAAAUUAAAAAAAAAGAAAAUCUGAUAUGGAUAUGAUCUGGAUAUUGCAGUGAUAUUUGUCCUUUAUGUUUAUCAUUUUUUUCCUGGGCACGUUAGCUUAAUUUAGAAAACAUCAGACCAAAGUGUUUUUAUUCUAGUCAAAGUUAUUUCUAAAACAUCUUUACAUUGUGAGUGAACUAGAAAGCACUUGGAAGCAGGAAAAUCAGCAUUAUACAUGUUCUAAACUGCGUUUGAGUUCAUACUAACGUCCUGGUCUCACGUCAGGCCCAACCCUAGGUAUAUGUGUUGCCUUAUGUUACAAAUGAGCGCCAUAUUAAAACUACUACUUAUGUACUUGUAAACAACGACCACUAGCGUUCACAAUGGGUACAGCGCUUUAUAGUUAAUCAUUUAUAUUUGAAACAUUGUAAGUGAACCGAAACCCGUCCUAGGAGGUACCACAAAUUCUUCAUCUAUAAAUAAGAUAGAUAAAUGUUAGUAGACAUACAGAAUAUAUUUCCUUCAUAAUGCACCUUCAAUGUAUGACAACCAGCACUUUGACUUACAUGAGUCCCACAUGUGUACAAGUGUUAUGUUCUAUUCUGACAUAUGAAUAAACCUUUGGGUGACUCUCCUGUAGGACACUUUGCAGUAUAUUUUCAUACAUUCAUUCUUUUUUUUUUUUUAAGGGAUGGACAUACAGUUCAUGGUGUUGCCCUCAUGAUAUCACUCAUCUUUCUAGUUAACCAAAUUUAAAAAGAAAAGUUUACAUAGAAGCUGGAAAUGGAGGAAGAACAUACAUUUGUGGAAAAUUUAAUUUUAUGCUUUAUGGAGGUUAGCCAGAAAAGUUAAAACAUCAAUAAAGACAUAACAAGAACGUAGCCUGAAAGUUAGCUUAACAUUAGCCGACAGUUACCCUUGAAUUAGCUAAGGGUUGGCCAAAUUGGCAAAUUGUAUUUAUCCCAAUUAUAUUAAUAGUCAAUAACUAAUCAACUAAAACUCCUUACCCUAAUUAUUUCAUUUGAAUUAACUUUGAUUAAUUAUCUUAAAGCUAACCCAAAGCUGGAUGAAAGUGGGCCAAAACAUACAUACAAGUAGCAUAAAUUAUAUGUUUUAUGCUAGUCAUUAAAAAAAACUGUUAUGUUUAUUAUCUUUUGAGUAUUUUAUUUGAAUAACCUUGUAUUUGAUUUUGAAAGUGUUUUGGCUAGGCCUGAGUUCAAAAUGUUAAAAUGCUUUUAUUAUUUUCUAUGCUAUCUAUUGGAAAAAGGUGGGUAUCGAAAAGGCAGAAGCAUAAUGAUAAUAUAAACUAAUUAUAUAAUUUAAAAGCCUAAUGUGCUAAAAUGUAUAAAUAAUCUGGGAAUCACCGGAGUUCACACAUAAAUAUCUGAGCUAAUUUCUUUCCACUACACACAAAAAAAAAAUAUCUACCUCCAUUGUCACAGCUUCAAUACUUCACAUGCACUUUGAUUUUUUUUUUCAAGUAGUCACACUUCCAUUUUUUGGUGACAUAUUUGUGACUCCAUCAGUGGAUGGUUUGAGUGGACCUGAAAUAUUGAGAGUUGUGUGUCAGAGAGGCCUCGUGUGUGUCGGCCUGUGUUCAAACUCGUGCAGCAAACCUAUGCAGAUGUUUCCUCACUUCAGCUGGUUGUUGGUAAAGGAUCAACCCAAAGAAUGAUUUUUACAAUAGGUAUGAAUGAAAUCAAUAUAUUUAUAAGGAAUGUAAAAGCAUACAUUUUGAUUGAGAACUUUAAAAAAUAUUUUCUAGCGAGAGAGAAAUAUACACCAUUGAGUUGUAGAUUGAAAUUUAUAGAUUAUUUUCUUGUUUGUGUUACAUUAUAGAAUCACUAACAUGCUUUUUUUUUCUCAGUCCUGAUGACGUUUGGUCUCACUGUGUGGACUUCGCUGAGUACAUUUUUUUAUUCAAAGGGGUUUUUGUAGAAAUCAUUGUCUCUUUUUAUAGAAAACUGUUGUGUGUCUCUGUGUGUGUGUGUGUGUGUGUGUGUGUAUGCUGUCUGAGAUUCUUCUUCUGUCAUUAAAUAUUAUUUUCGGAGCUUUUCUUUCAACCCAUUCUUUCUCUGCGACAGUGCUUUCAUUGACUAUUUCAGUUGCAGUGUCAAACUAUUCUAAAUAGUUUUUCCUUUAUUUUAUUCGUGUUUUGGAAUUUAGUUGUUUUUCUACAAAUAAAUGACUUUGCAAUCCCCUGA